UACUCAAGUCAAGUCUUCGCCAUUAACCACGAUCGCACGCUUACAUUCUGCAAUCCAAUAAACUUGUCAUCAAAUCACUCUCAGUCCCACUCUCUUCCUCCUCACUCUCUUCCUCUCUCUACCAUGGGCUCCAUCUCCAUUGCAGCUCUUGCUCUCCUUGUCCCCCUCUUCCUCUCACUCCACCAAACCACAUGCUCUGCUGUUGGAGCUGGUGACGACGCAGCACGAAACCUCUCCUCCUGCCUCACCUCCCAUGGCGUCACGACCUUCUCCCUCCCGUCGUCCCCAACCUACGCCGCGCUCCUCAACUCCUCCAUCCGCAACCUCCGCUUCGCGCUCCCGGGCGUCGGCAAGCCGGCCGCCGUCGUGCUCCCGUCCUCGAAGCACGGCCUCCGCGCCGCCGUCCUCUGCGCGCGCGCCGCCGCGCUGGCCGUCCGCGUCCGCAGCGGCGGGCACAGCUACGAGGGCCUCUCCUACACCACGGAGAACCGCGUCCCCUUCGCCGUCAUCGACCUCGCCGGCCUGAGCCGGGUCCGCGUCGACGGCGGCUCCGCCACGGCCUGGGCCGAGGCCGGCGCGACGCUCGGCGAGCUCUACCACGCCGUGGGAACGUCCAGCCGGACCCUCGCGUUCCCGGCGGGUUCCUGCUCCACCAUCGGGCUCGGCGGCAUCGUCUCCGGCGGAGGGUUCGGGCUCCUGUCCCGGAAGCACGGGCUCGCCGCCGACAACGUCCUCGACGCCGUCCUCAUCGAUCCGAGCGGUAACAUAUUGACACGAGACACCAUGGGCGACGACGUGUUCUGGGCGAUCCGAGGUGGCGGCGGCGGGAGCUGGGGAGUGGUGUACGCGUGGAAGCUCCGGCUCGUCCCGGUUCCCGACACCAUCACCGUAUUCACGGCGAGCCGGACCGGGCCGGUCGAGCUCGUCGCCGGGCUGGUCCACCGGUGGCAGUUCGUCGGACCCAACCUGCCCGACGACUUCUACCUCUCCGUCUACCUCCCGACCGGCGGCGGGUCGUCGCCGGACAGCAACGUCUCCGUCUCGUUCACAGGCCAGGUGCUGGGACCGAAGCGCCGCGCCAUGGCCGCGCUGCGCCGGAGCUUCCCGGAGCUAGGGCUGGCCGCGUCGGAGCUCGCCGAGACGAGCUGGCUCGACGCUACCGCCCAGUUCGCCGGCCUCGCCACGGCCGCCGACCUCCCGGACCGGCGACUGGGGUCCAAGCAGUACUCCAAAGGCAAGUCCGACUACGUGCGGUCGCCGAUCCCGCUCCACACCAUGGCCGGCAUCGUCCGGUACCUCGCGACGGGGCCGCCGGAGGGCGGGUGCGUGAUCCUGGACCCCUACGGCGGCGCCAUGGCCCGGGUCGGGAGCGGCGCCACGCCGUUCCCGCACCGCGCCGGGACGCUCUACGGCGUGCAGUACCAGGUGUACUGGGACGAGGACGCCGGCGAGGCCGCCCCCGUCGGGUGGCUCCGGUCGCUGCACUCGUUCAUGGCGCCGCACGUGUCGAGGGCCCCCCGGGGCGCGUACGUGAACUACCUGGACCUCGACCUGGGCGUCAACGACUGGACGGUGGCGGCCGGCGGGUCGUCGGAGGCGGCGGUGGCGCGCGCGCGGGCGUCGUGGGGCGCCGCCUACUUCGGGGACAAUUUCGACCGGCUCGUCAGGGCCAAGACGGCCGUCGACCCCGGGAACGUGUUCAACAACGCGCAGAGCAUUCCUCCUUUGGUCAAUGUGUAACCUUCAAAGCUGUAAUUGGCAAUCUGUCUGAUAUCUGAAUCUUCAUUUGGAAGAGCUUCUGUCAUGGCCGUAUGGCUUGGGAUGCAGUAUGGCUUGACAUGGCCGUAGCUUUCAGCCUUCCGUAUUUCAAGCUAUUGGCUUGUUUUUUCUUCUGUCAGCAGCUUGUAAAUUGAAGCCUCUUCCAUUGGCACUUUGGAAUCGAAGCUGUGCCCCCAAUUCAGGGUUGUUCCUAGACGGCAGCUUCAGCAGGAUAGGACGCCGCAGGUGCAGGCGCUCGGGUGCUCUAGAAGAUCGGAAUCACCGUGGCUUUUGAAAA